UUACGUAUAAAACAGAUUAUUACUACUGUGGUCGCCCACAGGUGUUCCAAAUGUGUUUCUGAAACCUGGGCACAUUAUUUUUACGCUGAAUUUUCGAGAAUAUACGGACAAACUUUCUCAACACCCCUCUACCCAGGAUUCUGAAUGGACCGCCCGACUUGGACAUGAAUCAGCCAGUUGUAGUUCAAUACCAGACAGUCAGAGCUUGUUCCGCUUCCCUGGAUUCAUCCUGGUAGGUACAAGAUUCUAUCGUGGUCUCACAGCUGGUAAUCUCACCCUCUACCUGGGGUCUGUGGCACAGGGAACAAACCCGCAUGGACGCUCUACCAUUCAGACGCAGACACACAUACAACAUACGACCAGCUUGUAUAUUUUAAGGAAUACUUUCUGUCCACAAGUGAUUUGUUGACCAGAGAAACUUGGGAACGGCUUCAACAUUACGCAUGACGUCAUGGACAGUGUGUAUCUAGGUCUGGUUUUGGUUGCGAUUCUCCUGCCCGUCGUUAUCUCCAAACCCAAACAACCUCAUAUUGUUUUGAUCGUCGCAGACGACCUAGGCUGGAACGACGUCGGUUACCACAACCCCGACAUGCUGACUCCAAACAUAGACAAGCUGGCUAGUGAGGGGGUGGUGAUGGACAACGCCUACACACAGCCAUUGUGCAGCCCCACCAGGGCUGCGCUGAUGACAGGAGUCUUCCCAUACAAGGUCGGACUUCAGCAUCUGGUGAUUAUGAACCGUGCUGCCGUCUGCGCUCCACAUACUUAUAGCCUGCUGCCCGAGGAACUGAAGAAGCUGGGCUAUGCUACACACAUGGUGGGCAAAUGGCACCUCGGGUUCUGUAACUGGAAUUGCACGCCGACAUAUCGAGGGUUCGACUCCUUCUUUGGGUAUUUUGGCUCGGAUGAGGAUCAUUUUGCACACACCAACGAGGGUUACCUUGACUACCGUGAAAACACAGACCCGGCGACGGAGUACGAAGACGUCUACUCCGCGUACACAUUUGUGGACAAAGCCACGGAGGUUAUCCAUACACAUGAUGUCAACCAGCCUCUGUUCCUCUAUGUCGCCAUGCAAAACGUGCACGAACCUCUGCAGGCUCCAUCCAAGUAUUACGACAUGUAUCCCCAUGUGAAGAACGAAGGGCGGCGUUUCCUCUCAGCUAUGGCGUCAGCUCUGGACGACGCCGUUGGAAAUGUAACCAAGGCACUCAAAGACAAAGGCAUAUUUGAAGAUACUCUUAUUCUGUUUCUGUCAGACAAUGGCGGCGAUCUUGAAAACUACGGAAAUAACUAUCCGCUGAGAGGUGGGAAGUACACCAUAUGGGAGGGUGGGACGAGGACCAUCUGUUUCAUGAAUGGGGCGGGGCUGAAGAGGAGGGGACACACCUUCAGUGGGCUCAUCCAUGCUGUUGACUGGAAGGCGACGCUGAUUAGCGCUGCUGGAGGGAUAUUAGAGGACGCCAGUGACAGCAUAGAUCAUUGGGAGGAUAUAGUGAACAAUGCUGACACAAGGAGGACCGAGUUCAUCUACAACUUGGACGAUGUAAAGGCAGGCGUGGACGACGGGCACGCCGCUAUCAGAUACGGGGACUACAAGCUGAUCCAUGGCCCCCCGGGUCGAUACGACGGCUGGUACACCCCAGACAACUCUACCAACAGAACACAGCUGAACUACUCUCAACCGUUAGAUCUUGAAACACCAUCUAACUCAUACUGGCUGUUUAACCUAAAAGAUGAUCCCUAUGAAAGGAAGAACCUUAUCAACAGGCGACAUGGCAUCGAGGAGAAGCUGAAGAAGAAGCUGGAGGAGUACCACAAGGACAUGGUCCCAGCAAACUUUCCGGACGAUUCCGAUGAAGCUGACCCGGAGCUGUUUGAUGGCGUCUGGUCUCCUGGGUGGUGUUAGCUACCCGGCAUAUCUGACUGAAUUACGGGUGGCUAAAGCUCUCGCUCGUUCCGACGAAGGCUUUGUUUCGACUUCCACAUAGCCACAAUGUGUAUAGCCAACUCCUGAAACAAAAUGUUAACUUUGUAACUUCAAACCUGUAUUGGUAUACAAGUGGUUGAGGCGUUUGCUCGUUACCAUGAAGGGCCGUUUUCGAUACCCCACAUAAGAAAGAUUUGUAAUUUUAA